AUGGCCACGGGCGAGCUGACCGAGCUGGAGACGGCCAUCGAGAAGAUUGUCACCGUCUUCUUCACCUACGCGGGGAAGGAGGGCAAGAAGGGCACACUGACGGCUGGCGAGUUCAAGGAGCUGGUCCAGCUCCAGCUGCCCAACCUGAUGAAGGACGUCCCCUCCCUGGAGGAGAAGAUGAGCGAGCUGGACGUCAACAAUGAUGAGGAGCUGAAAUUCGGGGAGUACUGGCGGCUCAUCGGGGAGCUGGCGAAGGCCAUGCGGAGGGAGAAAGCGGGGAAGAAGAAAACCCCCCAGUGA